AUGAAUUACAAUGACGAUGAAUAAGAUGAUCUAUUUGAGAUUUUCUAUUAGCUUAAAGAUAUUGACGAAGCAAUAUACGGUUUGAUAAUUUAAUUGUUUAGAAAGGAGAAUAUUGAAGAUUGUGUAGGAUUUCUUUCGGGAAAUGAAAAUCAAAGACAUUUUGAAUAAUACAUUUUUAAAGAAAAAAAUUAAACACAAACUGAGGAGGAAUAAAGAUUCUAUUUAGUUAGCAAUAAUAUUAUACAAAUUACAAAUGCAAUUAAAAAAAUAAAGGAUCAUGACUUUAAUAAAUAAAAUUAUUCUGAAGAAAUUUACAUAGAAUUCAAUCAAAAUUUAAUUAAAAAAAUAUCCAAAGCUUUAUAGAUCACUCAAUUUUUAAAAUUUUUCGUCUUGCUCACAGCUAUCGACAGCGCUUUUGUUUAAUGCGGAUCAAAUUCAUUGAAUUUAUUAAUCUAGAUGAAAGUGGACCUUAGAAACUAAAAUUUUGAAAAAAUCAGAAUUUAGAAUGUUUCUUUAGUAGGAGCUAAUUUUGCAAGAUGCAAUUUAAGUGAAUCCCAAUUUGAAAAUGUAGACAUAAGUGGAAUAAAUUUAAGUGGAGCUUUGUUAUUUAAUUGUAAAUGGAAAAACUUAAGAAUACAUGAGCUAAAUAAGUUGGAUGGUCAUAUUCAUAAUGUCUACUCAGUCAGUUUCUCUCCUGAUGGCACUACAAUAGUAUCUGGUAGUGCUGACUAGUCUAUCCGUCUAUGGGAUGUGAAGACAGGAAAAUAAAUAGCCAAAUUGGAUGGUCAUACUUUUUGGGUUUAUUCAGUAUGCUUUUCUCCUGAAGGCACUAAAAUAGCAUCUGGUAGCGCUGAUAAUUCUAUCCGUCUAUGGGAUGUAAAGACAGGAAAAUAAACAGCCAAAUUGAAUGGCCAUAGUUAAUGGGUUCAAUCGGUAUGCUUCUCUCCCGAUGGUAUUUCUUUAGCAUCAGGUAGUGCAGAUAAGUCAAUUCGUUUAUGGGAUGUUUAGACAAAGAAAAAAAAAAUCAAACUAAAUGGUCAUAUAGAAGGAGUCAGAUCGGUUUGCUUCUCACCUGAUGGUUAUACAUUAGCAUCCAGUAGUGAUGAUUAGUCUAUUCGUUUAUGGGAUGCUAAGACAGGAAAACUAUAGACCAAGUUGGGUGGUCAUACUAACACUGUCUACUCAGUAUGCUUCUCUCCUGAUGGUUCUACAUUAGCAUCUGGUGGUUAUGAUAAGUCUAUUCGUUUAUGGGAUGCUAAGACAGGACAACUAUAGACCAAGUUGGAUGGUCAUACUAACACUGUCUACUCAGUAUGCUUCUCUCCUGAUGGUACUACAUUAGCAUCUAGUAGUUAUGAUAGGUCUAUUCGUUUAUGGAAUGCUAAGACAAGACAAUAAUAGACCGAAUUGUAUGGUCAUACUAACACUGUCUACUCAGUAUGCUUCUCUCCUGAUAGUAAUACAUUAACAUCUGGUAGUAAUGAUGCGUCUAUUCGUUUAUGGGAUGUGAAAGUCAGGAUAUUAAAUAAAGUCAAUUUGGAUGGUCAUCCAAGUAAUGUUUGGUCAGUAUGCUUUUCUCCUGAUGGUACUACAUUAGCAUCUGGUAGCAACGAUAAGUCUAUCAUUUUAUGGGAUGUUCAAACAGGAUUGAAAAAGGGAAAACUUUAUGGUCAUAGUUAUGGAGUCCGAUCACUGUGCUUCUCUUCUGAUGGUACUACAUUGGCAUCUGGUAGCGACGAUAAGUCCAUCCGUUUAUGGGAUGUUAAGACAAGAUAAUAAAAGUCUAAAUUUGAUGGCCAUUUUAGUUUUGUCUGGUCAGUAUGCUUUUCUCCUGAUUGUACUACAUUAGCAUCUGGAAGUGAUGAUAGUUCUAUUCGCUUAUGGGAUGUUACAACUGGAUAAUAAAAGGGCAGGUUGGAUGGCCAUAGUUCAAGUGUCUGGUCAGUCUGUUUCUCCCCUGAUGGUAAUGAAUUAGCAUCUGGAAGUAAUGAUAGGUCUAUUCUUUUAUGGGAUUUCAAAACAGGAUAAUAAAAGGCCAGUUUGAAGGGUCAUACUAAUUCUGUCUACUCAGUAUGCUUCUCUCCUGAUAGUAACACAUUAGCAUCUGGUAGUUAUGAUAAUUCUAUACGUUUAUGGAAUGUUAAGACAAGAUAAUAAAAAGCUAAAUUGGAUGGCCAUAGUAGUGGAGUCAUAUCAAUAUGCUUCUCUCCUGAUAGUACUACAUUAGCAUCUGGCAGUUUUGAUAAUUAUAUACGUUUAUGGGAUGUUAAGACAGGAUUAUAAAAAGAAAUUUUGGAUGGUCAUAGUGUAAGUGUCUGGUCAGUUUGCUUCUCCCCUGAUGGCUAUACAUUAGCAUCUGGCAGUUAUGAUAAUUCUAUACGUUUAUGGGACAUUAAAUCAAGGCAAUAAAAGGUCCAAUAGGAUGGUCAUAGUAAUGAUUUCAAUUCAGUUUGCAUCUCUUUUGAUGGAAAUACAUUAGUCUAUCAAAACAGCAGCAAUGAUCCUGACUAGAUAUUCAAAGAUAUUAUAGUAUAAUAGAAGCCUCCCCUAUCUAAAUAUAAUUCUCUUUCAGAAGGUAAUAUUAAAAUCCAUUAUUUUAAGCCUAAAAUAAUAUUACUAUUCUCCUUAUUUCCUAAUAACCAAUAUUUUUAUCAUAAGGAGCUUUAGUUCUUAAUGGAGAAUUUUUCAAUUACAAUGGUUUCGAUUUAAGGCCUUUUUUAGAAUCUAAAGGAAGUUGCAUAUUGGAAAACUAUAAACAAAUUAAAAAAAAGAGUAAUGAAAAUGAUACAAUAAUAUGA